CCUCGCCGCGUUAAGAUCUCCGAGAAAGAUACGAAAAUACCUCCUCCGAAUCUUCUCCGUGAUCCCCUCGAGCUUUCGUCCCCGAUCCGGAGUGACGAACUCCGAGCGGUGGAGAUGAUCGCUUAGGUAGGCCGAAGCAUCGGCUGCCAGAUAUGUCUGGCCUCUCGUCGCGUUCGCGUCUCGUUAUCGUCUCGAUGCCGAUGUCGAUGUCGAGGGCACCCUUGACUCCGUUGACGCGGUGAACCUCGGCGAACCUGGACGCCAAGAAUUCUGCUGCACGGUGUCGAGUGGUGCGCUAAAAAUACGAUACGAAACACCCCCGUAUCUCCGUCGAGUGUACGCGGUGUUAAAGUGGUAAAAAUAAGCCGAAACCCGAGUUUAAAUACCCGGCUGUGUGUUUUUUUUAUUUUUUAUUUCACUAUAUAUUUUAUUUAUUUUUAUUUUUUUUUUAUUUUUUUUCUGUAAAAUCUAUCCGCGUAUCAUUCUUCUUGUAUUACAAGCGAUCGGAGAGACUGCUUACUUGCUCGGGUUUUUAACUCGAUUGUUCGUUAUUCGAAAAUUAGUGAAAUAGAAUUGGAGAUAAGAAAUAGAAGAGAGAAAAAAGAAAAUGAACGAACUUUACGUCCUGGGGAUCAUCUGUAUGUUGGGAAUGGCCGCUGCAGCGCGGACGCGCAAUAUACGAGAUGUCGCCGACGAUACCCUGGACUACAAGGGAUCCCCGAGAUCCAACUGCCCCGCUAGUGCUCACCAGGGAAAUCAGCCUGUCGACAGAGUCGACACCUCCAUUAAUCUUAGCCGGUUGAGGCUGGAAAUGAGCCGGAUCACGAGCGUCCAAGGACCUGCUCUUGACGGUUACAUUGUUACUUCGGACGAUGCUCAUCAGACCGUGACGUCGUUCAAUCAAGGCCGUCUCGGCCCUUCGGAGAGUGAGACUGUCGCACCGCAUGAUGCAAGAAGGGAAUACAUCACAGGAUUUUUCGGUAGUUUCGGAGAGGCUCUAGUCACUCAAGAUAAAGCUGUUUUCUGGACUGACGGAAGGUAUCACAUACAGGCAGAUAAGCAGCUUAGCUGCGAUUGGACUCUGAUGAAACUUGGCAAUGAAAAUGUCCCCACGCUGUCCCAGUGGCUGUUGCACGAGUUUCAAUCCAAAGAGAAUGAAACGCGAAUUGGAGCGGACCCUGCUCUGAUCCCAGCAUUUACGUGGGAAAAUUGGGAAUACGACCUGUUAAACACAUCGGUCAAGUUAGUCGCAGUUCACAAUAACCUGAUAGAUGCAAUCUGGCAAACGGAUCGACCGCCGUAUAAUGCCGAUCCUGCUACCGUUCUGGAAGAUAAAUAUGCGGGUCGACCGUGGCAGGAAAAGAUUCGUGAAGUUAGGAGGGAAAUGGAACUUGUGGGUGCAAAUGCUCUGGUCCUGACCGCCCUUGACGAAAUUGCCUGGCUAUUCAACAUUCGUGGCAAUGACAUCCCUUAUACCCCAGUCUUACGGUCAUAUGCCCUCAUCACCGAUGGUGCUAUUCAUUUGUACGCUCCUGAACAAAAACUGCACAGAUCUGUCCGCAUACAUCUGAAAACUGACGCUUGCUUUCAUGCUGACUGCGUCAAAGUUCACAAUUAUACGUCUAUCUGGUACGAUCUGAGGACCAUGGCACAGGCUUGGAAGAGUGUCUGGUUACCUGCCCAGUGCGGCUACGCAAGGGGUGCUUCCCAAGAGAUUUUCAUAUCCAUCCCGCAAUCUAUACGGCUGAUAAAACCGUCACCAAUAAUCGCAAUGCGUGCGGUAAAAAAUCCUGUGGAAAUACGAGGCAUGGAACAAGCUCAUAUUAGAGAUGGAAUCGCAAUGUGCGAAAUCCUUUCCUACAUCGAGGAGCAACUUGAGCUAGGCACCAAGGGCUGGGACGAGCUUCAGGUGUCUAGAUUCGCUAAAGCAGUACGUAUGGAACAGGAAAAUGCCGUGGGUAUAUCCUUCCCUACGAUAGCAGGCUACGGACCUCACGCUGCCUUGCCACACUAUGAACCAGCCGUUGCUACCAGUUUAACACUCGGCACGGAUUCUACCCUGGUAAUUGAUUCCGGUGGCCAAUACCUCGACGGUACUACAGACGUGACAAGAACUGUCCAUUACGGCCAACCGACGAAAGAACAAAAAGAGGCUUACACCCGAGUCCUGAUUGGCUCGAUACAAUUAGCUUCACUAAUCUUCCCUGCUGAGUUAAGAACAGACCAACUUGAUCUUCUGGUCAGGGAACCCUUGUGGUCAGUUGGUCGCGACUACCAACACGGAACUGGCCAUGGUGUCGGGCAUUAUUUGUCUGUUCACGAACCUCCCAUCAGUGUAUCAUACGAUACAUCGACUGAUGAAUGUGCCCCUGUCAAUCUUCAACCAGGAUAUUUUCUUUCCAAUGAACCUGGGUAUUAUAAGGAGGGUGAAUUCGGUAUCCGAUUAGAAAAUGUUUUACAGGUCGUUGAAACUAAUAUGACGCAUCAUUCUGGACGAAAGUUUCUUAAGUUCAAAGAUGUCACACUGGUUCCUUACGAGCCAAAACUCAUCGAUCUGGAAUUAUUGACACCAUCACAUCGGCAUUGGUUAAAUGCGUAUAAUGAAAGAAUCAGAAAAGAGGUCGGCACUGAAUUGAAGAAACGUAGAAAAAUAAGCAGCUACAACUGGAUGAUUCUUCGUACUCUACCCAUUCCUGAGGUUGGAUCCGGAUCAAGUUUAUCUGCCCUUCCUCACCACUCGUUCCUUUUUUUUGCAUUAACAGUUACACACGUAUUCCUGGAUGGAAGAGGUAAUUUACCAUUUAGGUAUCCACAUACUUCACAGAAUAAGAUAUGUAUUAUCUUUAUACGACAUUGUUAAAUGGCGAAGACAAGCUUAAAAGCUUUUUCAAAUUAUCAUAAUUUUUUGAUUGGAAACUUUAUAUUAAUUUUAAUAAUUAACAAUAUGUUUGAACUUUGGAUCCACAUCAAUUUUAGAGGAGUUUUAGGACCAACAAUUUCAAUGGAUACUAAUGGUGACUUGGUAGUUUUUGUUUCAACCACAUAAAAGUUGUGUUGAACUAAUAUGCUAAUAUUUGAUAAUUAAAGUAAAAUCAGCAUCCGAAAAUUACAUUAAAACAUACAGAAAUUUAAACAAAUUAAUGUUUAAAUACGAUCUCUAAUUUUACGUGUACAAGUGAUGAAUUUAUUUGUUUUAGGUCUAUAGAAAGAGUGUGCAGCUACUUGAUGAACAUCUCAAAACUCUGUUAUAGAACUUUUCAUUCAUAAAUCUGAAGACUUGACAGCCGUUGAUGCUAUCUGUGUUAGAUACUACAUGUAGAUCGUAUAUUGCGAUAAUAGUAUAACCUGUAUACUAAGCUACGUAUUAGUAAUUACUUUUAGCUAAAGCCCAGUAUUCAAUUUCAAGGCUUACCUCUGAUCUCAUUCGAACAACGCAGUUCAACGAAUCAGAAACAAACUUUGUUUAAAUUGCAUCGAGCAUAGAAUUGAGCUUAGUUUAAACCAAAGUUUAAACUCGUGAAAAUUAACUGGUCCUGAGAUUUUUUGAGUAUUGUAGUUUUUUUAAACCUACUUUUGUAGCAUUUUGCAGGUGUAUUAAAGUAUAGGUAUAAGAAAAGAUUGGCCUUAGUGUCAAAAUGGUUUCACUUUGCUAACCGAUUUAUCACUUUGAACUUUAUAGCAAUUAAUUCUAAAAGGAUAAAAAUUGAAUAAAAAUAAAUACACGCCUGAGUAGUACAUGAUAUUUGGUUUCGUGUUAUUUUGAAUGCAUUUCAUCCUUCGUAAAAAUGAUUAUAAUUUGUAGUUUAAGAAUUAAGCCAAGAAGACACAGAAAUAUGCAUACAUCAUUCAUUAUACGUACAUACGUUCAUAUAAUUAUACCAUUCGCUUCUUGUUAUAUAUUAUUUUACAUUUUUUUUCAUAAUUUAUAAAAUAGAUAAUAGAUGGCUGCUAAUUAAUUGUCUACGGAUGUAGCAAUUAAUAAAAACUAAAUGCUACUGAAUUAUUUCGAAAUCACAUCCGGGUGAAUUUUCUUCGUCCGAAAAAUGACUUAAAACAUGUUCGUGAAAUUCCGCGCAAUUGAUUGUUUUUCCAUAUAUCAUUUCACACAUAGGGCAAAUUUUGUUUUCAACUUCACUGCACCCGUCUGUCGUAUAAUUCAUAUUUUCUGGUAAUGCGGUGGAGUUCGGAAUGAGACUUGUUUGUGUAGCACCAUUUUCUUUUAAGCUGUCAUCUGAAUUAAACUGAGUUCCUGCUUGACACAUUUUUUUCCUAGCAUUGUCACGACAACUCUUACACAUUGCUCCUGUAAAGACAAAUAAAAAGUAAUACGUCAUUGUAGAUAUCGUCUAAGUUAUGAAGAGCUAUAAAAUUACGAGGUUUCAUCUCGUAACAUUAACGUAAGAAUACUUUGAAAGAAAAAUCGUAAUUCUGUAAUUUUAAACUGAUUUCGAAAGAUUCAAAUUCAUGAAAUAUUAAUAUGUUAAUAUUGUAUUACAGUUUACUGAAUUGCAGAUGAUCCUAAUGUUGUAAAAUGAUGACAUGUUAUAAAAAUAUACCGUUACCUAAAGGUUAA